AUGUCAUUUAACUCUCGACGUACUUUCUCUACUACGGCAGCAGCUUUUAAAGUUGGCUGUGCCAUGGUGAAGCCAGUGCAUCAUAAGGUGAAAAUUAGAAAGAAGUUUUUGUCACCUAGGUUUCCUGAGCUUAAAAUUGAUCCAAGUGACAUCAGGUCUCCCAAGUAUAAGCCAUAUUUGACCCAGCCAGAUAGAGUUAAAGAUUAUUAUCACAAUACUUUGAAGUCGGAUCUUCUACUUGUUGGUUAUAGGCAUGAUCAGGUGAAAGUGGAAGGUGUUAAGAGAAGACAGUGGGAUAUGACGUCUCCGUACCACUUAAACAGACCACUAAGAAAGCCAAGAGGUCAGGUGGUUCCAUCUCCAGAUAUUCAACCACGUGACUGGAGAAAUGUGCCUCAGUUUGAGACUAUCACGUUGAAUUGCUGGGUGAAAGAGGCCAAGCUCAAACCACAAAUGGCCAUAGCUGGCUCCUUACAGUUACAGCAAAUGACUGGUUGUAAGACCAAACCUAUUUAUGCUAAAACCAAUGUCCCAACGUGGAAGGUCCGUCCAGGAAUGAAAAUGGGUGCCAAAGUGACAUUGGCUGGUAAAUACGCUUCUCAGUUCUUGACUACAUUGACAGAGAUCGUUCUACCUAGAAUAAGAGACUUUAAAGGUAUCUCCAAUAAAGCAGGUGAUAGAUAUGGUAACAUUGCCUUUGGUUUACAGCCAGAGCAUAUCAAAUUCUUCCCUGAGAUUGAAAACAACCAGGACUCUUGGCCCCAGACUUUUGGUGUCGAUAUCACAUUACAUACCAGUGCUCAAACUGAUGCUGAUGCACGUAUCUUACUUAGCGCGCUGGGUAUUCCAUUCGCUGGUACCGAGAGGGUUCCUAAGAAUCUACUAAAUGACGUCAAGGAGUCCACCAUUGAUUCAAAUGUUGAGGAUGUAAAGUCUGUGGAGACUGUAAAGGCCGUCAAGGCUUCUGAGCCGGUCUCUUAA